AGCCGAUGUCUACUACUACUACUUCUACACCGUUCUCCCCUACCCCCUCGUCAUCCGGUGUUACCAGUAGCAGAGAUACGCUACUGAUAGUGACCAGCGUAGCGAUGGGGGUGGCCACUCUGGCAUUGAUUUUUGCAGUUCGAAUACUGGAUAGGUGCACACCAUCUAGAAGAUCUAGAAUACGAUCAGAGCCACGGAGAAGGGAGUCUGCAGAGCGGAGGGCUGAACGUCUGCACCAGCUCAUCGAUAAACAGGCCACGAGGCUGCCGUAUGGACAGUGGAUUGAUAAGAAGCGCAACGGGAACAGCUCGGGGGAGGCGGCUCGUGAAGAUAGAGCGAUGAGUGGUAAGGGGAGCGAACAGCCGAGCCACGUUGGAGUCCGAAAAGCACCUUCUACUGGUUCACUACGUAUUAAUGCUACCAAAUCGCUAUCAUUCAGCUUUAGUGGUCAUGGUCUUGGUGGUGGCCCUGAGGACAUGCCUGCCUCCGGAGAAGGCGCUGGGGACGACGACUCUGACUGGUCUUGCGACUGCGCUAUAUGCCUCGGAGAGUUCGAGAAUGAUGAAAUGGUGUGCGAGCUCAAGUGUGGUCACAUUUUCCAUGAAGAAUGUGUGCAUGGGUGGUUCGUGAGCUCCCGUAAGCCUCGUUGUCCGGUAUGCAGGAUGGAGGUUGAAUCGAACAAGGAUGCUGAAGAGGGUGUUGAGGAAUCUUCUAACACGCCCGAGCAGUCAGUCUCAAGAAGCAACGACGUCGAUGACGGCGCGACUUACAGGAUGCAUGGAAUAGGCGUUUUCUGAUAUUUGUAUUCGUCACUUGAUAUCACCCUUGCCAUUUCCUGGGGUACUUUUUGUAUGAUGUAACAUGUAGUCGAUCGUUGAUAGUAUCAUCAAUUCAGCGUUUCGGAGAAUGCUCGGCCGGCUUACUGCUGGCUCCGUUUGAACAUCGUUCCCCGUCUUUCGAUCAUUACCUUAACGCCAAAAGGGCUC